AUGAUAGAUAACACGAAACUGACAGAUGAAAUUCUGAACAUCGAGUUGGUGAAUCAGAAUAAUGAACAGACGACACUAAAGGGAGAAAUUGAGAAGCAUAAAGAAUUGAAUGGAGUUGUAAUUUUUAUGUAUCCAAAGGCAGAUACACCUGGAUGUACAGAACAAGCCAAAUUGUUUAAAGAAAAGUUCGAGGAAUUUACAUCUAACAAUUAUGCUGUGUAUGGACUAUCUGCUGACCCAGCUGAUGCUCAGCUGAAAUGGAAAGAGAAAUUAGAACUUCCUUUCGAUCUUUUAUGUGAUGUGAAUAAGAAGGUACUUAAAGAAAUUGGAUGCUUGAAGGAAGAUGAUCGCGUUGCUAGAUCUCAUGUGGUUAUAAAGAACGAUUUUUUAGUUUCAUAUUUUAAAAAAGGAGUAAAGCCAGUUAUGUCUGCUGAAAAUGUAUUGAAGUUUAUCAUUAAGGGAGAAAAAGAAGAAGAAGAUGCUGAAACUGAUGCAAAAGCUGAAGAUGAUGAAGUUGAUGGUGGUGAUGAUGAUGAUGAUGUUGCUGAAGAGAAUGGAGCAGAAGGUGUAGAAGUUAAUGGGGAUAUAAAAGAAGGAAAAGGAGAGGGUGGUGAAGGUAAUGCAAAUGUAGAAGCAGGUGGAGAAGGAGGAGAUGUGCUUAAAUAUGGAAAUGAAGGUAGUGGAGAUUCAGAAGGGAAGAAUGAAGAGAAUAACAAAAUGAAAAAAGAAGUAUCAUCUUCUGGAUCGAAGAAAGCAAAGAAUGGAAUUUCUUCAGGAGGAAAUGUUGUGAAAAGCAAAAAAAAAGCAUCAAAGAAAAAUAACAAUAAUAAGAAUAGCAAAGCUGCAAAGAAAGGAACAAGUGUAAAAAAAGAAAUUAAAAAAAAAUCUAAUAAUAAAGGAAAAAAAAACAAAAAUGAUAAAAUGAAAUCGAAAAAUAUACAUGUUAAGGGAAAAAUGGAAAAUGUUAAGAAAGAGGGGAAAAAAGGUGAUAAGAAGAAAAAAAAUAAACAUGAAAAAAAUGACAAAAAUAACAAAAAUAACAAGAAUGGUAUGAAAAAUUCCAAGAAUGCAAACAAAAAUAAUAAAAAUAACAAAAAUGCUAACAAAAAAAGUAUGAACAACAAAAAUAAUAAGCAGAAAGGAGGAAUAGGUGGAAAGAAUGACCAAAAAAAUAAAAUGAAAAACAAAGGAACUGGUGGAAAUAUGCAGAAAAAACCAUUGAACAAUAACAAAGGAGGAAAUAAAAAUAAUGCAAAGUUGAAGGAUGUAAAUAAAAAAAUGGCUAACAAAAAGAUGAAUAAAAUUGUAAAGAAGAACAACGCUGGGGGUGCCAAAAACAAGAAUAUGAACAUGAACAAAAACAACAUGAAGAGCAAUAAGAAAGUUAAAAAAAUGAUAAAGAAAAAGUAA